GGGCCGCGCCGCGCCGGCAGGUUUGCGUGGCCGCCCGCAGUUGCCGGCGCCGGCUCUGUCCGCCGACGCUGCGCGUGCGUCGUUCCCGCGAAGUUGCGCUGAGGCCGGUUUUCCCGAGGAGCCUCCCUCCGGGCGGUCCGCGGGGCCGGCAGCGGGUCCCCGGAGGCUGCGGGGCGGACGCGGCGGGCCGGGCAGCCCGAGCUGGGGAGGCCCGCGCGGCGCGGCCGCACUCGGCGGGCGAGAGGGCGGGAGGGCGGCGCCGGCCGGGCGCGCCCCGCGGAGAGAGGACCGGGCGGGCGGGCGGGGCGGGCCGGAGGCGGGCGUUCCCCGGACUUUUGUCCGAGUUGAGUCCCUCCCCGUGGGCCGGGCCUCCCGGCCUGUCCCCGGCCCCCGCCCCCCACACUCCCCGGCUCCAGCCCCGCUCGCUCGCUCGCUCGCUCCCGGGAGAUGUUUAUCGGGGCCGCCGCGGCGUGAGGAGCCGGCGGGCCGCUGGCGCGGAGUUUCGGGUCCGGGGAGCGUCGCGCGGCGCCGGAGGGAGACAAGAUGUCGGCCAGGGCCGCGGCCGCCAAGAGCACAGCCAUGGAGGAGACGGCCAUCUGGGAACAGCACACGGUGACGCUUCACAGGGCUCCGGGAUUCGGAUUUGGAAUUGCCAUCUCUGGAGGGAGAGACAACCCCCACUUUCAGAGCGGGGAGACCUCGAUCGUCAUUUCGGAUGUGCUGAAGGGAGGGCCCGCCGAAGGGCAGCUGCAGGAAAAUGACCGUGUUGCGAUGGUUAAUGGAGUGUCGAUGGAUAAUGUUGAACAUGCUUUUGCUGUUCAGCAGCUAAGGAAAAGUGGGAAGAAUGCAAAAAUUACCAUUCGCAGGAAGAAGAAAGUCCAGAUUCCUGUGAGUCGUCCCGACCCGGAGCCUGUGUCCGAGAACGAGGCGGACAGUUACGACGAGGACGUGCCUGACCACAGAGGGGGCCGUGGGGGCACGGCCAGCAGGCGGAGUGAGAAGAGCUGGGCGCGGGACAGGAGUGCCAGCCGGGAGAGGAGUCUGUCCCCGCGGUCCGACAGGCGAUCGGUGGCCUCCAGCCAGCCUGCCCGACCCACCAAAGUCACGUUGGUCAAGUCUCGGAAAAAUGAAGAAUAUGGUCUCCGACUGGCCAGCCACAUAUUUGUGAAGGAAAUUUCACAAGAUAGCUUGGCAGCGAGAGAUGGCAAUAUUCAAGAAGGCGAUGUUGUCUUAAAGAUCAAUGGGACCGUGACGGAGAACAUGUCCCUGACGGACGCCAAGACGCUGAUCGAGCGGUCCAAGGGCAAGCUGAAGAUGGUGGUGCAGAGGGACGAGCGGGCCACGCUGCUGAACGUGCCCGACCUCUCGGACAGCAUCCACUCGGCCAACGCCUCGGAGCAGGAUGACAUUUCAGAAAUUCAUUCGCUGGCAUCGGACCAUUCUGGUCGGUCACAUGACAAGGCCCCCCGCCACAGCCGGUCGCGAUCUCCUGACCAGCGGUCAGAGCCGUCUGACCAUUCCAGACAUUCGCCACCGCAGCCCAGCAGCGGCAGUCACCGGAGCAGGGAGGAGGAGAGAGCGUCCAAACCGGGGACGGUCUCGCCGCCUGUGAAGCAUGCGGACGAUCGCGCCCCGAAGGCAGUGGAAGAGGUCUCCGUGGAGAGAAAUGAGAAGGCAGCAGCUGCUCUUCCAGAACCAAAGCCUGUGUAUGCUCAGGUGGGACAGCCGGAUGUGGACUUACCCGUCAGCCCGUCGGAUGGGGUCCUGCCCACUUCCACGCAUGAAGACGGCAUCCUUCGGCCCAGCAUGAAACUGGUAAAAUUCAGAAAAGGAGACAGCGUGGGGUUGCGACUGGCUGGUGGCAAUGAUGUUGGAAUAUUUGUCGCUGGCGUUCUAGAAGAUAGCCCUGCAGCCAAAGAAGGCCUGGAAGAGGGCGAUCAGAUUCUCAGGGUCAACAACGUCGACUUCACCAACAUCAUCCGAGAGGAGGCCGUGCUCUUCCUGCUGGAUCUGCCCCGGGGGGAGGAGGUGACCAUCCUGGCGCAGCAGAAGAAGGACGUUUACCGCCGCAUCGUAGAGUCAGAUGUGGGAGAUUCUUUCUAUAUCAGAACCCACUUUGAAUACGAGAAGGAGUCUCCGUACGGACUCAGUUUUAACAAAGGAGAGGUGUUCCGGGUCGUGGAUACCUUGUACAACGGGAAACUGGGCUCCUGGCUCGCUAUUCGAAUUGGCAAAAAUCACAAGGAGGUGGAGCGAGGCAUCAUCCCCAAUAAGAACAGGGCUGAGCAGUUGGCCAGUGUGCAGUACACGCUCCCUAAGACAGCGGGAGGGGACCGCGCCGACUUCUGGAGGUUCCGGGGCCUCCGCAGCUCCAAGAGGAAUCUCCGCAAGAGCCGGGAGGACUUGUCGGCCCAGCCGGUGCAGACCAAGUUCCCAGCCUACGAGCGAGUGGUCCUCCGGGAAGCCGGGUUCCUGCGGCCAGUCACCAUCUUCGGACCAAUCGCCGACGUAGCCAGAGAGAAGCUGGCGAGAGAGGAACCGGAUGUUUACCAGAUCGCAAAAAGCGAACCUCGGGACGCGGGCACUGACCAGCGCAGCUCCGGCAUCAUCCGCCUGCACACGAUAAAGCAGAUAAUAGACCAGGACAAACAUGCUUUAUUAGAUGUCACACCAAAUGCAGUCGAUCGCCUGAACUACGCCCAGUGGUACCCGAUCGUGGUCUUCCUUAACCCCGACUCUAAGCAAGGCGUGAAAACCAUGAGGAUGCGCUUAUGCCCAGAAUCUCGGAAAAGCGCCCGGAAGCUCUACGAGCGGUCUCAUAAACUGCGGAAAAACAACCACCACCUUUUUACCACCACAAUUAACUUAAAUUCAAUGAACGACGGCUGGUACGGUGCGCUGAAGGAAGCCAUUCAGCAACAGCAGAACCAGCUGGUUUGGGUCUCAGAGGGAAAGGCGGAUGGUGCUACCAGUGACGACCUUGACUUGCAUGACGAUCGCCUGUCCUACCUGUCAGCCCCAGGUAGCGAGUACUCAAUGUAUAGCACGGACAGUAGACACACUUCUGACUAUGAAGACACAGACACAGAAGGCGGGGCCUACACUGAUCAAGAACUAGAUGAGACUCUUAAUGACGAGGUGGGGACCCCCCCAGAGUCCGCCAUUACCCGGUCCUCUGAGCCCGUAAGAGAGGACUCCUCCGGGAUGCACCACGAGCACCAGGCGUUUCCUCCUCACUCACCACAAGUGCAGCCUCAGCCCGUCCAUAGAAUAGACUCCCCCGGAUUUAAAACAGCCUCUCAGCAGACAGCAGACGCCUCAUCUCCAGACCCUUCCCUUUCGCCCGAACCAAACCCAGCACCGCCUACCUCUGCUGUCAAUCACAGUGUCAAGUUCACUCAUGUCAGAAUGGAGGCGCCCACCCCUCCCGCCUCUCACUCCCCACCAGCUGACUCUUGGCCAACACCCAGGGCCGAGGCCGCCCACACCCUGCUCAGGGACCACGGAGCCGCACUGCCGUCGCAUGUAGACCCACCACAGGUGUACCGGAAGGACCCCUACCCCGAGGACGCAAUCCGGCAGAAUCAUGUGGUGAAGCAGCCAGCUGGGGGGCACCCCGCGCUGAGGCCCGACAGGGACCCCAAACCCAGCUACGAGCCCCAUGCCCCAUACGUGGAGAAGCAAGCCAGCAGGGACCUGGAGCAGCCCGCGUACAGAUACGACUCCGCGGGCUACGCAGACCAGUUCUCGCGGCACGGGGACCACCGCCUGCGCUACGAGGAGCGCAUCCCCGCCUACGAGGAGCACUGGUCCUACUACGAGGACAAGCAGCCCUACCAGCCGCGGCCCGCUGACACGCAGCACCCCCGGGACCUGGAUCCCAGGCAGCGCCCCGAAGAGCCCUCGGAGCGGGGCUACUUCCCGAGGUUCGAGGAGCCAGCGCCUCUGCCGUACGACGGCAGACCCCGCUACGACCAGCCGCCCCGGACCUCCACCCUGCGGCACGAGGAGCCCCCGGCUCCCGGGUAUGAGGUGCACGGCAGGUACAGGCCCGAGGCGCCGCCCCCCGCGGGCCCGCAGGCCCCGGAGCCCAAGCAGUGUUACGAGCAGUACCCACGGAGCUACGAGCAAGUCCCCGCACAAGGCUUUACCUCCAAGGCAGGCCGCUACGAGCCGCUCCACGGGGCUGCGCUGGUGCCUCCGCUCGCGCCUGCCUCUCAGCACAAGCCGGACGUGCCGCCGCCCAGCACCAAGCCCCUGCCGCCGCCCCCGGCCCCCGCCGAGGAGGAGGACCCGGCCAUGAAGCCCCAGUCCGUGCUCACCAGGGUGAAGAUGUUUGAGAACAAGAGGUCUGCGUCCUUGGACAACAAGAAGGACGAGAACCACACUGGCUUUAAGCCUCCAGAGGCAGCGUCCAAACCACCAGGGGCUCCCGUCGUCGGACCUAAAGCCAGUCUUCAGAGUCAGUUCAGCGAACACGACAAGACGCUGUACAGGAUCCCAGAACCACAGAAGCCUCAGCCGAAGCCCCCGGAAGACAUUGUCCGGUCCAACCACUACGACCCCGAGGAAGAUGAAGAGUACUACCGGAAGCAGCUCUCCUACUUCGACCGGAGGAGUUUUGACAACAAGCCUUCUGCACACAUUCCCACCGGCCACCUCCCAGAGCCGGCCAAGCCCGCUCACCCCCAGCACCCGCCAGGCCUUUCCAGUUAUUCCGCGAAAUUUCUUGGCUCUUACCCUAGCUAUGACUACUUGAGAAGGAGCGUCAAGUGGAGCAAGUCUGUUGACGCUGAUGCCUUCGGCGACAGACGCUAUGACCCAGUCCAGCCCACGCCACCCCCACCCCCGCUGCCUGCCCAGUACUCCCAGCCUCCGCAGCCCAGCUCCAGCUCCAUGCUCCACGCCCACGCUAAAGGAACCCACGGGGAAGGUAACUCGGUGUCAUUGGAUUUUCAGAAUUCUUUAGUGUCCAAACCAGAACCUCCUCCAUCUCAGAACAAGCCAGUCGCCUUCAGAACGAUGAGCCGAGAGGACCCUGCUCAGCCUGCCUUCUACCCCCAGAAAAGCUUCCCGGAUAAGGCGCCGGUGAACGGCACCGAACAGCCUCAGAAAACGGUCGCCCCGGCCUACAACCGCUUCACCCCCAAGCCCUACACCAGCUCCGCGCGGCCAUUUGAGCGCAAGUUUGAAAGCCCGAAGUUCAGCCACAACCUUCUGCCGAGUGAAACUGCUCCCAAGCCUGACGUGUCUCCGAAAGUCCCGGCUUCUCCCAAGACCCUGGUGAAGGCCCAGCCUCCCGAGUUUGACAGCGGAGUGGAGACCUUCUCCAUCCACGCCGAGAAGCCCCGGUACCACGUGAACAGCGUCAGCACCGGGCCCAGAGCCGUUCCCGGGAGCCCGUCGGCAGUGGAGGAGGACAAUGACGAGGACGGUCACACCGUGGUGGCCACGGCCCGGGGCGUGUUCAGCAGCAACGGCGGGGUGCUGAGCUCCAUCGAGACGGGCGUCAGCAUCAUCAUCCCCCAGGGAGCCAUCCCCGAGGGCGUGGAGCAGGAGAUCUACUUCAAGGUCUGCCGCGAUAACAGCAUCCUCCCGCCCCUCGACAAGGAGAAAGGUGAGACCCUGCUGAGCCCGCUGGUGAUGUGUGGGCCCCAUGGCCUCAAGUUCCUGAAGCCCGUGGAGCUGCGCCUGCCACACUGUGCGUCCAUGACUCCUGACGGUUGGUCUUUUGCUCUAAAAUCAUCCGACUCCUCGUCGGGUGACCCUAAGACCUGGCAAAACAAGUGUCUUCCUGGAGAUCCCAACUACCUGGUGGGAGCCAACUGCGUGUCCGUCCUGAUCGACCACUUCUGAUUCCGGACCAGGACCAGGCUCUUGUCUCGGAGCCUGGGCUGGACUUCCUCUCUGAGCAGAACUACUCUCCCCAGUAUUACACGUCCCCGAGUCUGCUGCGUGGGCCGUGUGGAGCGCUUCGUCUGAACUGACGCUUCGAGAGCGCCCUCCUGCGCCAUGGGCAGAAGACACUGCGAACUGCGAGGGGUUCACAGACGUUGGCUUCGUAAUGAUGACUGUACUUCCUGUGGUCACUGCUUCACUUCACACACUGAUUUCCGUUAAAAUUCCAGCCAGGAAAGGGGUGCAUCUGAGUUCUGUUCUUUUCAAAGUACACGGUUUCCCACUUGACGGUGGCCCUGGCCUGGCGCACACGUUAUGUUAUUAUGCAUGGGGUAACACGCACACAUCUAAAUGCACCUGGGAUAGAACACGCGUGGUGGACUGAACAGAUGGACAGCCAGCGGAUUGAUCGCCUUGGGGCGGAGGGUCCAGCGAAGACGCUGACUGACUGUCCAUGAAAACAUGCUUCUUGGGGAAGGGCACCAAAGCACGUGCCUGUGCCAGGCCUCUGGAUCUCGAAUUAACCACGUCACCGACACACUAACCAGCAGGAAUGCCUUACCUCUGUACCUAAUUCUCGGUCGUCUGUGUAGGCUAGGUCUCCAUGGCUUCCGGGUGCAUCCUGACACUGAAUCAUGACGUGGGCGGAGCAGAUUGUAGGGGGUGGUUGCAGGGGCGUGUGGUCACCCAGAUGGGAAUGAUGGUGUGAUUUGGGGGUUUUGGGGGGCAAGGGGCGGUGGUAGCUUGCUUUGUUUUUUUGUCUUUUCUUUUUGGCUAUGCAUUCAAAAAUUUUGCUGUUUUAAGGAUGCUUGUACAUAACGCGUGCAUACCACUUUUGUUCUUGGUUUGUACAUUAACUUUUAUAAACUUUCCCCUUUUUAUACAUAAACAAAACCAAGUUUCUUAAGGCUACCUUUGUAUUCUCUCCUGUACCUCUUGAGCCUUGAACUUUGACCUCUGCAGCAAUAAAGCAGCAUUUUUAUGACACAUACAAGGUCAUUUUUUUAAAGAAAUGCACAGAGUUGUUACAUUUUUAAGUGCUGCAUUUAAAAGAUACAGUAACUCAGAAUUCUCUAGUUUGAUUAAACUCUUGCAAAAUCCCCCUCCUGUAAUUUGUGAUACACUGCUGUGCCCUAAAGUGUAUUUUUGUACUAAUAGACGAUUUAUUACGGCACAUCAGCACGACUUCCGUUUGGAUAAUACACCACUACAUUCUGUUAACCAUUAGGUGUGACUGGAUUUCUUUUGCGGUUAUUAAAAAAAAAGUCUCAAAUUUCUAAAUCUGCAGAAUAAAACUUUUAAAAUAAA